GUUGUUGCUGCAUGUUGUUGCUGUUGUAAUGCUGAGGUGGCAGGAAGUCGAAAGAGAAAGGGGUGUGGUCGUGCUUCUCAUCGUUACAGUUGCAGCAUUUCUGGCUUACAGAAAUUUCAAGGAAUCCAAACAAUUCAGUACAAAUAUGUCGAGAAACAACCCUGCUGUAGAAGAUCCAAAAUUGAUAGACCUGUGUGAAAAGCUGUGGGACUUGGACAAGAACAGGCUUGAACCGGACAAAGACUACAAACUAGACUUGCAAGGACGUGCAAAGUAUUCUUAUGAUGGCCCAGACAGAGCAAAAGACCCUUUAUUUGAGUUUGUGGAUGAAAAUGUUUUCAAAAGAGAUACAUACAAAGCCUUCAUAGCCUUGUUGGACAACUAUGAGAAAGAGACAGGUGUACCUGAGGUUGUGACAAAGCAAGAAGAAGCUGAGAAUUGGACCUUUGUUAAUCUGGUGAUGAAAAGCAAUGUUAUGAAAGAAGCAUACAAGUUUCUUAAGGAACAACGCAAAGCAGAUGCUGACUUUGACAAUUUUCGUAAGGAGUUCUACAACAUGUGGUUUCGUUUGUAUAGAAGGACAAGGGGAGAAAGAACUCAAGACUCUUCAGGGUUUGAGCACGUUUUCGUAGGAGAGACCAGGGGUGAUAAAGAGGUCAUUGGACUUCACAACUGGAUUCAGUUUUAUUUGCAAGAGAAGAGAGGAAGCAUUGAUUACAAAGGGUUUAUGUCAGGAGGAAGAAAUCCCCACAUGGUGACAGUGCAGUUUGCUUGGAAAGAGGAAGUCAAACCAAAAGGUUCUAUUCUAAUCGGUGUUUCGCCUGAGUUUGAAAUUACUCUGUACACUGUUAUUUUUCUGAUGGGAUAUGAAGCUGCGAGCAUAACCCUCGGUGGAGACGACGUUCUAGUCAAGUGCCACAAAACUGCGGGAAAGAUCGGAACUUGCUACCCGAUUGCACUCAGAAAAAAGUGAAGCAAAACAUUUGAAAGAAUACUGGUGCAGUAUCAGAUUAAUAUCGCAGAAAACUUUGUGACAACUCUGUGAGAGCGUAUUAGUUUUAAUAUAGUUAGACAACUAACAAUUUAGGAUUUUGUAUUUGGUUUGAGAAAAUAUUAUCAAGUAUUUGAGUAAAAGUUAAUCAUUUUUGUAUUUGAAAAAAUGUUGACA